AUGUUUAAAAACGCAUUGUCAACGGCGCAUAGAAUGUUGAAAAACUCGACCGGUUUCCGCGCGCUUUGCACCGGUCCACCAGUCGCCCUCAACGGGAUCGGCCGAAUAGGAAAGUCCGUGCUUAGACAGUCGUUCGAUGCAAACGUUAACGUAAGUACAUAUCUAUUAAAUUGCACAACAGUGAUAACGCAAUAUAGUUGACUUGUUAUCAUGGCUCGGAAGUGUUAGCGUUUUCGUAAUAUUUUUGACGAUAAAGAGAACAUACCGACUUCUGAGUAAAAACACAAAUCUGUUUCAUAUGUCACUGCGGUCGCUAGAUUUUAGAUUCGGAGCGUAGCGAAGGAUCUGUUGGUUUUACUAUGAUGCGUGCUUGCUUUAUUUUAUUAUUUUUUUUUUUUACAUUGUCGAAUUUGAUUUUAGUUUGCGUUUGGUAGGCAAGUACCAAUGUGGAUUGAUUUGUCCGACUAAACAGUAAUGCUAGAAAAUUGACAACGGGGUUUAUUAUAAAUUGUACUCAUUGGUUAUAUGUAUACCCAAACUUAACUACCCACCUACAACAGUGACCGCAACGGUCCCCAGUAUCGGCUCUUUUUAUUUGAUUGGAAUUUCUGUAGUAUGCAAACAAUGUAUUCCAAUUUAACUAUAAACGACUGUUUGGGAUCCGGGAGGUAGUGAAUGCGAUUUCCUAUACGCAAAUGAUAAGAGCACAUAUUUAUUUUUACAAAAGUGUGUUGUAGUACACACUGAAUUACCACCGCCUCGUUAAUGCCACAUACAGAAUUGUUAAUUGUUCCACAGGACUUAUAGAGCUAUUUUACUAUGACUUUGAAAUAAUACGACUAAACGCAUGCGAAAAAAAAAAAGUGAAGUUAUAGGACAAUUCCGUUGAUUUUAAUAAUUUGGUUAUUUUUUGAAAACGUAUCAGUCGCAUUUUACUGUGUACUAUUAUCAGCUUAAAUCAGAAAAUUGUAUUUUACAUUUUUCAGUGCUAUUUAUAAUAUUUAUUUCGGUGAUUUAAGUUCAUUAUUGAAGGCCUAAAAAUUAUAAUUUUUUAGGUGCCGUUUACUUUCGAGCCUUGCUUAUUACAAAACCCAUACUUCCUGUAAAAAUAUAUCAGUGAUGGUGAAAUAACGUUACUUUAGAUUUUGAACAAAUCAAGUUAUGUGUUGAUUUCACAACGAUGGUUUCUUUUUUAAAAUUUUUUUUUUCCUACAAUCAACUUGUUUUACCAGAAAUCUGUUCCGACUUUCAAGUAUAAUUUACAAAAAAAAAAAAUCGUUUCAUAUAUUUCACUAAAGCGUCUAUAUUUUAGAUUCGGAACGUAGUGAGGGAUACCUAUAUUUAUUGUAGUAUUAUUAUAUUUAAAUAAAAAAAAAUAAUAAUUUAAUCAGAAAUUUUGAUCCAAAUUCCAAUCAACGAAAUAAUUGCUUUUUUUGUAUCAUUUUGGACCUAGUAAGUACAUUGAGGAGGUAAUUUUAAUCAGAUUUCAUAAUCAAGAAAACCAGCGGUAAAAACGUUUAGGGAAAAACGGAGAAAUUAAAAGCAUUAAAAGUUGUAUUAUUUCAAUUUUUUUUCCAAAACUCUUAGAAAUUUAAGUUUAGAAUCAUUCUAUAUUUUUUUUGUUUAUUAACUGUAUAAAAAGGUGGUUUUUUGAAUUUUUUUUAUAGUUUUCUUAAUAUAGUUUUCAUAAUCGGAAAACCGGGGAAUACCUACACAGGAAAAACGGAAAUAACCGUUGAGCGAAUGUAGUCAUAUUUUUUAUACUCUUUACAAGUACAAAUUUUAAGGAAUAUUUUGUAUUAUGCUUAUUCUCAGAUAAGUUCUUUUACGUAUAUCUAUGUAUACCUUCCCAGCUUCUCACCAACAGUGGCGUUCACAUCAGCAGUACCAGUUCAUCUUUUAUCACCACUUUUUUUUUUUUUUUAAAAGAUUGUUGCUGUCAAUCAACCGAAAGCCGAUAUAAAGGCUGUGGCUAACGCGUUGAUGUACGAUACGGUAUACGGGACAUUUAACAAAAAAGUCAAAAUAUACAACGAUACCCUUUGUAUCGAUGGUAAUGAAAAACAAAAAUUAAUUAAAAUAAAUUUAACGAACGAUCAAAAUCUCGAACGAGUUUGUUUCUCUGGUAAACUGCAGGUAGACACGUGAAAGUGUUUCACGAGGAAAACGUGGAGAAAAUCAAGUGGAAAGACGUACCUAUCGAAUAUGUGAUCGAUUCGUCUGGGAAAUGCGACGAAAACCAAAAAGCCAUGGUAAAUAAUAUUAUAACCUUAUACUGGUGUACAAAAAUAUUUAAAACACUAGCAUACAAACGGUUCUUUAUAUUGGUUGUUUUCAUUUGAAAAACUCGUCAUCGAGUAGUUAAUAUAUAAUAAUUAUUGUAACAACCGAUUAUAUUUGUUAUUUUCGUAUAUUAACUACAUUGACGAUUUUUGAUAGCUAGUUGUUUUCUUAAUUUUUAGUGUUACGUACACGCAAAUGUAAGGCUGGACAUUAACAAAAUGAUAAGUUAAUUUUAAUUAUUUAAUUUUUUUGAACUAUCAACUUAAGUUAAAUUGAUUUCAAUUUUUAUUUGUUUGCUCAUAUGAAUAAUUAUACUAUUAUUGUUAUUAUCAAUACAUUAUGAAGAUUUUAAAAUACAAUUUUUUAUGAAUACCUGUUAUAUUAUACUGUUGUCGCCAGUUAGGGGAAGUAAGAAGAUUAUCGGACCAUUUUAUUACUAGAUAAUAGCCAAUUGCUUGCUGACCGUUAUAAAAUUGUUAACCAAAUAUAAUUGUUUGCACUAAUUUAGAAACACAUUCAAGCGGGUGCGAAAAAAGUGCUGACCACCACACUGUCCAAAGACAUUCCAAUGUUUAUCAAAGGCAGAAAUUUCGAGACUUACAAAAAAAGCGUGAACGUCGUGUCCUGUGGGUCAAGCACGGGCAACUGCGCCACACUUCUUGUCCAAAUCCUCCACAAAAAAUUUGGCGUCCUCAAUUGUAUGAUGUCAACCACACACCCGUUGAGCCCUAACCAGCACGUGCACGAUGGAUUGGGUUUCGUAAGUGCAACGUGAACGUGGGAAACCACGAAUAGCAAGGCUGUAAAUGAAUUAUAUUUUCAGAAAUCCGGUGUAGGGAACAUCAUGUCCAGUUCCACCGGUGCUGCGGUGGCAUUCUCUUCGACCUUUCCGGAUUUAAAAGACAAAGUGCACGCAGACGCGGCCAGAGUUCCCGUGCUCAACGUGUCCCUGUUAAAAAUUUUCAUGAAGUGAGUACAACCCUCAAAGGGUAUUCCUUUAAUUUGUUUCUUAUCGGGUAGUAAUAGCGUAUUAGGGGGCAGAGAGGUUAGGGAUUUAUAUAACUCCCCCUUGGUCUAUUUACAACGCUUUUAUAUUAUUUACAUGAUAACUCAACCUAUUUAUUUCAAAAUACAAAUUCAUUUAAUUUUUAAUAAUACAAAUCUAAAAUGUGUCUCCAUAAUAAUUAAUGAAAAAAAAAAAAAACGUUUAGAUAUUUAUAUUUUCUUUUUUUUACAUAUAACCAAUACAAACUUCUAUAAUAAUAAUGGAUAUAGAUUAAUACCUAGUAAAUAAACUAAUUAUAAUUAUUCAUAGCCAAUUAUUUUAAUUCAAAUAUUUGGAUGAUAAUUUUGGAGCAGAUUGAAUAAUAAUUUAUUUUUACUUAGAGCGUCAUCGUUAUAUUGCAAUCUGACACAAAUUCCAUAUUUAAUAUCCACCGCUUUUGCAAAAUCAUCAGUACAGAUAUACGUCACUCCAGCGCCGUUUCAUCGCUAAUCUAUAAUCCGGUCUUCUAAUUUUCUAAAAAUUCUAACCGGCUCGUUAAACGUCAUAGAUAUUUUUAUAACAUUACCAUUAUUGUAUCAAUAAACUAUUAAUGCUACAUACAUAUAACGUAUAAUUACCGGUCCCAUCAUACAGCGUCAAAGAAAAAGUCACAGUGGACGCCAUAAAAGCAGAUAUCGUGAGCAAAGUCCAGUCCGAACUGAAGGACGUGCUGAACUACGUCGACGAUUCGUUUGUAAGUUCGGACUUUAUCGGCUGUCAGUAUUCGGGGGUGGUAGACUUCCACCAGAUCCAGGUCAUCGACAACCUGAUCAGUAUCGGCGUAUGGUACGACAACGAGAUGGGGUACGCGUGCAGGGUGUUGGACCUUGUGAAACACAUGGCCGAAGUUGACGCCAAAAGCACUAAAUAAAAAAACUUAAACUCGCUAUAUAAUAUUAUGUACCAACUUUAUGUUUAGAUUAUAACUCUUUAAUCUUUUAUUUUUUAUUUGGGAAUAUAUCAUGAACCGAAUUUUUUUUAUGUUUUAAACUUAUAAUCGAGAAAUGUAUUAGUUUUUCUGUAAAGUAUUUACAAUUUUCCUUUUUUUUUUUUUUUUUGUUCAUUCUGCGAACAAUUUUUUCAACAGAAAUAUUCUUAUCAUCAAAAAAUGAUAAGCAACUUUCUCGUAUUCGGGAUCUAUAGUUGGUGCAUUGUGGUUAUUUGUUUGAUUUUCCAAGCGGUUUUCAUAAUCAGUGUUUAUUCAUGACUAAGGCGCUGAUUUUUAUGCAAUUAAAAAGUCAAAAUAUUAGUGAUGGGCGCAACUGGAUAUUCAUUACUACUGGUUAUUAGUCGGUUUGUAUCGAAUACUACCGAAUAGUUAGUCAGCUAAAAACGUACACAACCAACUAAUAUAAAAUGUUUGAAAUAAAUCUACUAAUUAUUCGUUAGUCGACUAAAUUAGUCAUUAGUCGUUAGUCAUUAAG